GCGGGGCCGGGCCCAGGUAGAGCGGACCUGCGGCCGGCGCGGCGGACGGGAUGAGGCGCUGCAGUCUCUGCGCUUUCGACGCCGCCCGGGGGCCCCGGCGGCUGAUGCGCGUGGGCCUUGCGCUGAUCCUGGUGGGCCACGUGAACCUGCUGCUGGGGGCCGUGCUGCACGGCACUGUCCUGCGGCACGUGGCCAAUCCCCGCGGCGCUGUCACGCCAGAGUACACCGUGGCCAAUGUCAUCUCCGUCGGCUCGGGGCUGCUGAGCGUUUCCGUGGGACUUGUGGCUCUCCUGGCAUCCAGGAACCUUCUUCACCCUCCACUGCACUGGGCCCUGCUGGUACUAGCUCUGGUGAACCUGCUCUUGUCUGCUGCCUGCUCUCUGGGCCUCCUUCUUGCCGUGUCACUCACUGUGGCCAACGGUGGCCGCCGCCUUAUUGCUGACUGCCACCCAGGACUGCUGGAUCCUCUGGUACCACUGGAUGAGGGGCCGGGACACACCGACUGCCCCUUUGACCCCACAAGAAUCUAUGAUACAGCCUUGGCUCUCUGGAUCCCUUCUUUGCUCAUGUCUGCAGGGGAGGCUGCUCUAUCUGGUUACUGCUGUGUGGCUGCACUCACUCUACGUGGAGUUGGGCCCUGCAGGAAGGAGGGACUUCAGGGGCAGCUAGAGGAAAUGACAGAGCUUGAAUCUCCUAAGCAUAAAAGGCAGGAAAAUGAGCAGCUACUGGAUGGAAGUCAAGAAAUCCAAGCAUCACAGAGAAGUUGGGUUUAGGACAGCAGGUGCUGUUCCAAGACUCAGUCCUAAAGGGUUUUUUUUCCCCACUAAGCAAGGGGCCCUGACCUCGGGAUGAGAUAAUAAAUUGUAAUAAAGUAACUUCUCUUUUCUUC